ACCACUGGCCCGUAUGUUUAAAGAGCAUGCGAUUCGAAGCGCCUCAUAUUCUGUGUCUGCAUAUGUUUUAUCACUUGACUGUUCUGAUGCUGUAUGGCGUGGUUCUAUCCGCCAUACUGCCCUCGCCGAUUGAUUAAGUUGGGCUCUACGCCCGUGCCGUACGGCUGUCGGCAGUGUGAAACAUCGCCCAUCUGAUCUGUAUUUAUCGCUCGUGCUGGGGCGAUGAGCGCAUGCCGGACGGAGGGAGGAAGCUGCUGGGGAUAGUACGUACUACUGCCCAGGCUCAAGGGGUGGCUCUGCCCACGGAGACUGCCUCUCUGUUUACCAUAUUUCUCUUGCCGCUUGUGACGACCCCGAUGUUGAAAAUGGACGAAUCCCCCGAGGGGGCGGAGGAAAACAGUACUGCUAGUUGAGGUGACCUGAAACGUUCCUCUGUCUAUGCAUCGCCUUUUGAUGAGGCCUUUUUGAUGAGAGGGCCAAGAGAUUAGAUUGUAAAUUAAAAAGAUCUUCAGGGACUUUCGAUUUAAAAUGUCUGUGGAAUAGGAUUGAUG